AUGCCCUCUACCAUCGAAACUCAUCUUGACCGGCUUGUUACACAGCGCUUUCUCGAACUGUCUCACAACGUGUUGACACCAGCUUUGAAGAGUGCUAUCGAUGCUAUGAUUCCUUCUAUGGUCGAACAGCUAUCAGACAAUAUGAGAAAUGUCUCUGUUCGUCACCAUCCUCAUACUCGUAAUGAGGAUUCUUCAUCAGAUACUCAAGCAAGUGACAGCGAUGAUGGUUUGCACCUCGCCCCCGGCGGAAGUGCCCCGGCAAGAGAGGCUCAAAGAAUCAUUUGCAUGUACGUUGCAUUCCACAGCUAUCUAGGAGAGAAAAGGCUACUAAAGGGUAAAAAUGGCUCGCUACCUCAAUCUCCUCCGAUCAAAACUAUUCAAGCUUUCAACCAUGAUCACAACUGCUGUCCCACAUUAGAAGACCUCUCCAUCGACUGGAGCGACUCCUUGAAGAAGUCUUCAUGGAAUACAGAAGUAAUGAACCUCCUAGUCAUAGACUUCCAAGCAAAGAUCAAGAAUGGCACCUAUGCGCAAACUCUCGAGAGAUGCAGAAAAAUAGUAGCACAAAAUCGACACCGUAACCCUGAUAUCUGGGACACGAUCGGGCGAAUUAUCGAUCGCCUAGAUGUUGAUGGAGUUAGUGGGGAUGAAACGGACACACCAAUUGGGGCGAUACCAAAGGUAGUAAGGCGAGUAGGCCGUCCAUGGCUCAAUCCUGACAUCACUCAGUUACUACAUGUUGUGGAGACAUAUGCUCCAGCAACCCAUGAAGAAAAUAUGACCACUCCGAUUGGAAAUUCUUCCCUUCUGCGUAUCUUGGAGCAAAAACGUGCAGCUCAAAAUUCCAUUGCAAUUCAACAACUUCCACGCAACUGGUAUAACGACCACUGGUAUAAAGCUAAUUCGACUAGUGCCCGCGCUCUCCUGGAGACUAAAUCAAUCAUAAACUACAAUUGGUCAAAUACCGGAGAGUGGAUUACGGCAAUGUCCGGCUGA